UUUGCCCUCCCAGUUUAUAAGGAGCCAACGCUGAACAAGCGAUUGGCAAAUAUUUGAUCGGGAACUUGGUAAAUUCUGUUAAGCGCAAAUAAUGGCAGGGAGGGGACCGGCGUGGAGUUUGGGACGGGAUUGGAAGAGGCCCAGUAGAGUGGGUGUCUGUUUAUGAGUAAGGGGCGCACUUGGUGUUCUCGGGGGCAGGAAGGUGGGCUCUUAACGUGGUGACGUUGGAAGUGCCCCACCAGCAAUUGCGCUCCCCGCCACCACCACCACCCCUGCCCCCCAGCCCCGGCCGCCCGCCAGCACGGACCUCUGUUCACGGGAAACCGGCCCGAGGUUGGUGUGCAGUGAGACGCUGGCUGGUGUUGAGCUGCUCCUCCUGACCUGCUGUCGCGGCCCUCUGCCCGCAGGCUUCCUCCCAGCAGCCCAGACGCCCUGGGCCUCGGUCUCCUCGCCUGUCAGACGGGUUGGCGAGGGCACCCCUGUGCUUGACGGGCACGCGUGGGCAGGGGGGGCCCGGGAAGCCGGGGAGGGGCUGGUGCCUGCCUGGAGCGGGCGUGUGGGAGCAGGAACCGGACCGGCUGGCCGAUCCGGAGGCCUCUGCGCAGGUGCGCAGGCCCAGACUCGAUUCCCCCAGGAAACGGGAGCACCAGGGACGAGGUGGACAUGGGGCGUCCGCGGGCGGGCCCCGCGGGUGGGCGGACCAGGUGGUGUUUGGGGUUUGGCCCACCACCACGGGUGGCCUUGUUGAGGCCUGCUGUCCUGUGGAUGACCCCUGUCUUCCUCUCAGAAGUGUCCCUGAGCAGGGUCGGAGGACGGGGACAGGACCUGGCAGCUGCCUCGGAGGGCCAUCAGGGUGAGGAGAGAAGGCCCGUGUGUGUCCCCAGCCUUGUGCACCCGCACCUUGUCCUCCACACAGAGCCGCUGGGGAGCAGGCUGGGCCCCCACCCACCCGGCGUGCUGUGCUGCUGCCGAGGGCGCCCAUUUCCCCCGCUGCUGCCGAGGCCCAGGGAGGCUCAGCCCUGCGCCUGGAGUUGAGACCCAGGGGCCCAGAGAUGAGGGCUGCCCCACAGGGCGGGAGUCUGGGGGUGCAGCAGGGGGCUGAGCCCCGGAGGGGCGGCUGGACGAGGGGUGCCAGACAGAGCCACACUGUGGGGCUCCCCGGCUGCACCUCCAAGCCUCCCGGCGCCGUUGGAGGCUGAAGUGAGGCGCACCCCCGGCAGGGUGGGCCCAUGUGUCACGUCGAUGGGCGCUUGCCGGCACUUAGCGGGCCCCAGGUGAUGCGAGGCCCCGGGACGGUGCUGCACCCCGGCAUUCAGCAGCAUGCGUGGGGCUCACAGACGCUGGGGAGGACAGAGGGGCGUGAAUGCGCUUUGUGUGGCAGCUGCUAAGACGCAGAAGAGAGUGCUGUGGGGCAGGGGCACUUGCCCACGGGGUCUGGGUGGGCCCAGUGACAUCUGAGGAGGGGUGCCCCUGGGGUCUGUGGGCUGGUGAGGUCAGGCUGGGAGCACGAGGGGCUGCAGGGGCGUGGGGAGUCUCGUCAGGUCUGUAUCUGGACCUGAGCUCACAUACCCCCCGCAGCUCUGCGCCCCAACCUUUUCUGGGGGCCCUGGGCCCGCCGAGGCCAGCAUCUCUCCAGCUCCCACCUCAGCGUCCCCGGCUUCACCACACGCGCCUGGCCGGGCACCCUGGGUCUGCACGUGGUGUGAAAGGGCGCGUGAAGGGUGAGGCCUGUCUCUGAGGGCCCCAGCUGGCUGAGCACAGGGAGCAAACGCUCAGUAAACGUAGCACUGUAGCACUCGUCUGCCGGUCGGUGGCUGUUGCCGUGGUGAUGAUGACUGGAUGGCCCUCUUGCCGGCCAUCUCCUCAAGAUGAGGAGUCUUCGGCUAGGAACAGAUGGGGAGACCGAGGCUUGCAGCCGGGAGGUGAUGUUUGAGCAGACCCAGCUUCCAAGAGGGAGCAAGCCAGGAUUACAUCUGCCCAAGAUGCGAGUCUGGCUUUAUCGAGGAGCUUCCAGAAGAGACCAGGAGUGCAGAGAAUGGCUCGGCCCCCUCCACAGCCCCCACGGACCAGAGCCGGCAGCCGUUCGAGGCCGACGACGGCAGGGACCCCGAGAGCCGGCGGGAGAGAGAGCAGCACUCCCGGCACCGGUACGGCGCCCGGCAGCCCCGCGCCCGCCUCACCGCGAGGCGGACCACCGGCCGGCACGAAGGCGUCCCCACGCUGGAAGGGUGAGGGGGCCCGGGGGCGGCCGCGGGCGGGACGCUCGGGGCUUCGAGCCCGCCCCACCCCGCUCAGGCAGAGCAGCCAGCUAUCCUUCCAGGAGGUUCUGUGGGCACGGAGGUGUGGGUGCUGGCUCAGGGGCUGUCCCCUGGGCAGGGCAGUUCCCCGGUGGGUCCGGCUGGCCCGAGGAGCUGUGUGCCCACUGCCUGCCUGCCUGCCCUCCCCCACCGCCCCCGCCCCCAGUCGUCCUUCUCAGAGGGGCCUCCGCCCCAUGGGCAUCUUCAUCUGCUGAGAUGCGCUGGUCCACGCCCAGACGAGCCGUCCCGGGUGCAGGCGAGCAGUGGAUCAUCCAGCAGCUGGUCAACGGCAUCAUCACCCCGGCCACCAUCCCCAACCUGGGCCUGGGCCCCUGGGGCGUCCUGCAUUCAAACCCAAUGGACUACGCCUGGGGGGCCAACGGCCUGGAUGCGAUCAUCACGCAGCUCCUCAAUCAGUUUGAAAACACGGGUCCCCCACCCGCAGACAAAGAGAAAAUCCAGGCCCUCCCCACCAUCCCCGUGACCGAGGAGCACGUAGGCUCCGGGCUGGAGUGCCCCGUGUGCAAGGACGACUACGGGUUGGGCGAGCGCGUGCGGCAGCUGCCCUGCAACCACCUCUUCCACGACGGCUGCAUCGUGCCCUGGCUGGAGCAGCACGACAGCUGCCCCGUCUGCCGAAAGAGCCUCACAGGACAGAACACGGCCACCGACCCCCCGGGCCUGGCGGGCGUGAGCUUCUCCUCCUCCUCGUCGUCCUCCUCCAGCUCGCCCGGUAACGAGAACCCAGCCAGCAGCUCCUGAGCGUCCCAGCCGACCCCCAGGGCGAGCACCGGGCUGCGGGUCGGGACUGCGGAUGCCGCGGACUCCCGCACCCCUCGCGCCCACGGACUGCAGUGCCGCCGGGGCCCCCCCCCCCGCGGCACAGGCUUGGAGGACCCGCCCCUCCCGGCUGCUGAGGGAGCCCGGCCUCCCCAGGGCCGGGCGGGCCAGGCUAGGCACAUGCCGCCUGGGGCGUCUGACUCCCUUCCUGUUUGUCUCUGACCUCACCCUCUACGUGUUCGACGGCAGAAAGGUUUUUAUAAUUUUAAAUUAUUACUGCUUUGAAAUAAAUGGACGUUUGAGCUCACUCGCGGCCCUGCAUGAUCUGUGGAGAGACAGGGUGGAGUCGCUCGGCUGGGGUCCCAACCGCGUGGACAGGCCGUUGCGCCCCACUCCAAGCUCGGGGCCCCGGGACCACCAGGAUGACCAGCAAAACAAGGACGAAACUGCUCUGACAGACGUUUUUUAAAGGAGAAAAUAUGUGUAUCUUGAAAGCUAUUUAAAAAUACAUCUACUUAGAAA